CUGCCCUCUGCCGCGCACGCCUGCGUCUGCCUGGCCCGCGACUCUCCGCGCAAAUUGUGAAAGAAAAACAUUAUUAGUAUGUGUUAAGUGGUCUAUCGUUGACAAUAUGAAGGGUAGACACCAAUUUCGACGCAGGUUCAGUCUGCAGCCCUCGUUUAUGAAGGAGGAACACGAGGAAGAACGGAGGCCCCACAGGACCGAGAAAACAGAAGACACAGUAUCGAGCAGCAGCAAUCUAUCCAACAACGCAGUCCGGCACAAAAUAGUGGUAUUAGGCGCUGCCAAAGUCGGCAAAUCAUCUUUGAUCACGCAGUUCCUAUACAACACAUUCUCUCCUAAAUACAAAAGGACUAUAGAAGAAAUGCAUCACGGAGACUUCAAUGUAUCCGGAGUGAGGUUGACAUUGGAUAUUCUAGAUACGUCCGGGGCGUACGAGUUCCCGGCAAUGCGAGCUCUCUCAAUGCAGUCGGCGGAUGCUUUUAUCCUUGUGUACGACAUCACUGAUGCAGACAGCUUCGCAGAAGUGAGGGCCCUCAGAGACCAAAUUCAUGAGACUAAAGAUAGCACGGCAGUGCCCAUCGUCAUAGUUGGAAAUAAAGUCGAUUUAGCUGAAACAGGGGCGCGACAGGUGGAAUUCCACACGACCGAGUCUGUGGUGACCGUAGAUUGGGAGAAUGGUUUCGUCGAAGCUUCCGCCAAGGAUAACAUCAACGUGUCGCAGAUCUUCAAGGAACUGCUGGUCCAAGCUAAGGUUAAGUACAACUUGUCCCCAGCGCUGCGGCGACGGCGACGGCAGUCUCUGCCCACGGGGCCACAGGGGCCGCCUGGGGCCAGUCCCACCCCGCCAGCCCACCAGCCCCAUGUCCCGUCGCCGGCGCAGCUCGCCCACCUCCAGCAAAUCAGAGAACGACACAAUAGCAAACGCAAUUCGUGCAUUAUCUCUUAAAACAAUAUUAAAAUUUCGUACAAUAUACCUCAAACAACCUAUUUCGAUUCUUGAUCGAAAAACUGUGCAAAAAAUGUUAUAGUAUCUUUAUAUCAUAAAAUCUAGUGAAAAACGUCCUUCCAAGUUUUCAAAUUUAAAUUUAUGUACUUUUCAAUGCAAGAAACUUGCUAUUUUAUAUGAUUUCUAUUUUGUAUUUUUAUCUCUACUUGAAUUUGUUUCAGAAUAUGCGUUUUGUUGAUUGAUUUUAUUGCAGUCCAGAAUUAUCAAUUUCGCAUUUGAAUUCUGAAACAUCACUGCGAACAGAUCAAAUAGUAAGGUUAUAUGUACGUUUUCCAAAAAUAUCAUUUCUGGAAACAUACAAAAACAAUGCAAAUUUUGUGAAUGUUACAAUUUGUUGAAUAAUUCAUACAAAUUAUACGUAACAAUGCGCGAUAAAUCUACGUGGGUGUGUGGCAAUAAACAUCUAUUAAAUUGCACGUCAUGAAUUAAUACAAUAUUCUGUGCGCAUGUAAAACGUUUUUCAUUCGCCGAGAACGAUGACGACAGCGAACCUAAUAAGAUUUUUAUCACUUGACGUAAAAUUCAGCUUUGAACAGUACAUCACAAUAAUGAAGACGUUCUUCAUUUUUAAUUAAGAUUUCCUUUUCCUUGGUAUACUUAAUUCUACUUAAAUCAAAUAACGCCAAUUUAAGUACUAGUUAAGAUAUAGGUGUACUUUAAUUAAUGUUCAAUUUCAAGAUAUGUAUGUAGAACAAAGUGAUAACUUAGAAUGAUGGAUCUAUUGUGACUGGUUUGAAGUAAGUUUGUAAUUCUAACUUUUGUAUGUAAGUUUCUGUAGCAGUCUCAGUGGACACAGCCCCAUGAAAUUGACUGAGCAUAUAUGUCUGUAAACAUUUAUCAAAUUAAUGUAUUUGUAUCCUAUCCUAGGUGAUGUGGUAGAGACAUGAAGUUAUACUAUGACUAUGUUGUGUUUAGAAUUGUUUAAAUAUAUAAUACUUACCAGGUAUCUAUUUUAAAAGAGCGGUAUACGAGACGCGGGAAAAUGUUAAACGUUAAAUUUUGUUAUUUAUACAAAUGUUCUAUAAAAAUUGGUAACUUUUUUGGUACUAAACUAUUCAAUAUCAUCAACUUCAAUCUUAUCACAUAUUUCAUUAAAAUUAAUAUCUUUUGGGAACACUAAAUGAUAAUCAUAACUUGGCAAAUUAGUUAUCGUAACUUCGCUUAUAGGUAUGUACUUCAAUAUAUUAUUACGAAGUUUAGAUUAUAUAUAACUGGUUCAAACAUUAUGCUGAUCUGUUGAGAACAAGUAAACUUAUUAAUUUCUUUCUUUAUUUUUAGACUACACCGGUUGGCGUUUUAAUCUGCCACUUUUUCAAAAUAUGUUUAGUAGCCGGGGGCAGAUUAUGGGGAGAGAUUAGGGGUUCUUCAGCAAAUUUUUAAUUUUUUUAAACCUGGCUAUAACGAUCAGUGUUGUGUUAAUACAAAUUGGCAAUACUGCCAGCCUUCCGAGUACUUUACCGCGAGAUGACUUCUUGUUGGUUUGACUGUUUCAGUAUUUUUUUUUAUAAAUAAUUCAUUAAUAAAUAAUAUAUCCUACUAAGUUUCUUAAUAAUGCCCAAAAUAAAUAUAAGUUCUUGAAUUGAAUAAUAAAAAAUAUAGUUAUUUCAUAUAGAUUUUCCUUAUUUCCUAAUUUACCGAAUGUUUCAAAUUAUGAAUGUGCCUUUUUUACAAAAGUGUUUAUUCUUUAGUUGUAGAAAUCGAUAAAUUUUAGUUUUUCUUUAAACUACUUUCAUGCUUCAUAUAACCAAAUGUAUUUCAACAGGCACAUGUAUUUUCCGUAUUUUUUGUGAUCAAGUAUUGAGUGUUAGUAUUUAGAUAUAAAUAUAAUAUUAACACUAUAAUAAUUUCAGUGAUAGUUUUCAUAAAUAUAGCCUCCUUAGAUAAUAUACAUGUGAUGUAAAAUAAUAUUUAAUCCCUUAUUCCUUAUAGUUUUCGUAUACAUUUUAUCAUUUACAAGAUACUUUUAUACAUAAUGUGUAAUUUAUAUAAUGUUUAUAUUUUAUAAGUAUCUUAUUUGAAAACAGAGAUUAUAUGGAAACUGGGCACAGAUGGAUUUGAAAUGAGUAGUUUACCUAUGUAUUCUUUCCACAUUAGAAUUGAAUGUACCUAAUAUUUACAAAUUAAUUCAAUAUACUUAUUUUAUGUGUUACAGCCAAAUAAAUUUAUACAGAAUAUAAUAACUUUGAAUCUAAAUAAAAAUACUUCCGAAAAGGUUUCAUUUUCAUUAAACUAGCUUAAGAAACCAAAUUGAAACAUUUCAAUUUAUUAUUUGUUUAUGUACACAACAUAACAGUGUAAAUACACAUAGUAAAAAGUAUAAAUGUGCUACAGCUACUUAUUUCAUGUUGUUAUGACAAUACAUUGAAUUAUUCUUAUAUAGUCGUUUUCCUCAUCGCUGAGGGUCAUGGCUAUCAUAUUAAACUUAAUACACACAAUAACUUGCUGGUCAGUAAUAAGGGAGUACGUACUUAGUUCACUACGGCUACGUAUCCCUGUCACCUCAUACGACAUCCGCGGGUAUAUAUGGAUCUAUUUUAGGGCGGGGCCACACGUAAAUGCGGCGCAAGUCUAUUUCUAGUGUCAAAGUAGAUACAGUCAGCAUUCCCCGGCUACAAAUCAAGCGAGACAAUAAAGCCGGAUCUGUUUUAUCUAUUUUUACGAGUUGUGCAGGGGCCGCCCGGGCAACAGUAACUUCUAAAGCUUACAAGAUCCCAUGACAGUUUGACUUUAGUACAAGGAACAUCGCUAUUUGCCGUUUAUAUUUACAGUGAACAUUUUCGUUACUCCUUUAUACUCACACAAACUUAUUGUGAAACUUGUGAGAGCGAACGCACCUGAUAAGCCACCGCAGUCCACGG